UCAUCUGCUUGCCGUCACUCCAGUUUUAUACCUGUGCGACUUAGGAUUGGUUCAGUCACACCGGUAGAAAACUGCAGUAAUGCUAAUGAGAACAGUUCCAGUGCUGCAGGUGCUGGUCGACAAUUUCAGAACUGGGAGAUGAAAGCUGAACAAGCUAAGAAAGUUGAAUUCUUAAGAACUGCAGAGAAGCUAAAAGCUCAGAUUGCAAGUAUAGAAAAAGACAAAAAUAGACAUCUUUAUAAUAGGAAGAGUGUUUUCAGGUAUGGGGUUUAUAUGAAAAAAGAAGAUAUGCACAAAGCAACUGUUAAAACUAUCAGCACCUUCUUUUGUUUAACAGAAACUAAAAUCCUGCAGCAGCUAUCAAAGAUACGAAACAACGUGAAGAGACUUCAGCAACAAUUAAAAGAUGUGAAACCUACACCAGCGUUUGUUGACAAUGUCAAGGAAAUGAUGGAAGAAAUUGAAAAUGCAAUCAAUGCUUUCAAAGAAGAACAGAGGCAAAUCUAUGAACAGCUUUUGAAGGAAGAAAAAGCUGCCAGUAAUGAGCUCAGUCUCUUAGAAAGAAAAGUGGAACUGUGGGCCUUAGGCAGCUCAACAGCAGAAAAAGUUUUGAAAGUACCAUCAGCCAGGGUCACAGUUGAUAAAGCACUGGAAAAUCAUCUACCCAAAGAAGUCGUAGAGUUUGAAAGAUUUCUUCAGCGAACAGGAGGCCGGCAGGGAGGUUGGGAUGAUUAUGACCAUCAAAAUUUUCUGAAAAUACGGACAAAAUACAGAGGAAGGCUGUCUUACGUGGAUGAAGCCCUUGAGUACCUCAGUGGAAGAACAAAAGAAGAUAUUGAAAAGCAUGACAAGUGGUAUCAAGAAUUUCUAAUUUUACAUGAAAGAAAGAAAGAGUCAAUUAAGAAGUGGAAAGAAAAGCAGCAGCAAGAAGUAGAAGGAAACUUGAAGGAGAAAGACAAAUCAAAAAAAAUGCUUAAGGAAAAAUGGCUACAACGUGAAGAAGAUCAGAAGCAAAGAGCAGAAGAAGAAAGAAAACGUAAACAAACAGCAGGUGAAUCAUGGAAGAAACAGAAAGCAGUAGCAUUUGCAAUGGAACAAGCAUCACAUCUAAAACUAGAAGAAGAGAAAAAGAAAAGGCAACAAAGAGAGCUCCAGCGCCAAUGCCACGUGAAAUUACUGUUGGAAAGAAAUACCUUGCACAAGAAAGCUAAGGCGAAACUUGAAAAGCUUGAAAAUGAGAAGAGAGAGGAAGCUGAAGAGGAGAAAAAAGAGAAAAUUGCUGCAGAAGAAAUUUUUAAGUUUCAAGAGCGUGAUCUACAUAAACUGGAACUAAGGGUUUUACAGAAACAAGCUAAAGAAAUAGAGAAACAAGAGAAAGAAAAAAGGUUGGCAAAGUUAAGAGAGAAGGUCGAGAUUCAGGUAACCAGAGACCGCUCCAGGCUGUACAGAGCUGCCAAGAAAGAC